AAUUAUUUUUAUUUUAUUUGUUAUUUUUCAUACUUUCUAGUACUAUAUAAGUACCUAACCACAUAAACAUCUCUUACUAAUUCCUCUACUUUCAAAUCUUCCAAAAAGAAACAAAAGGGUUUAAUUGUGAGAGAAAAGAAAACAAGAAGAUGAUGAAGUUGAAGUCAAAGAGGUUUUGUAGAAGCAUUUCAAAGCUUGGUAUUGGAAACAAAGUAGCAACUUCCACAAUUAAUGAUCCAAAGGAUUGUGGUGAAAUCAAAUGGGAACUUAGGCCUGGUGGCAUGCUUGUACAAAAAAGAGAGAACAACAAAAGUGUUGGGGAAAUUAUCACAAUUAGAGUCUCAACUGUCUCAAAGUGGCAUGAUAUUUCUAUUGAGGAAACUUCAACUUUUGGAGAAUUGAAAAUGGUUUUGUCACUUGUAACAAAUCUUGAGCCAAGAGAACAGAGGCUUCUCUAUAGAGGUAAAGAGAGAGAUGACAAUGAAUUUCUUCACAUGAUUGGUGUUAGAGACAAAGACAAGGUUCUACUGCUAGAAGAUCCAGCUAUCAAGGAAAUGAAGCUACUUGGUUUGGCAAGAGGACAAUCUAUUAACAAUCCUUGUCCUACAAUCCGUGUAUAAUAUCUACCGUCUGAUUUUAAUCGAACAAUCACUAAUAUCUUAAAUAUGUGAAUAUGAGAUCUCCUGAUGGAUCCGAAUUCAUGAUUCACUCAAGCUAAUUUCUUAAACUCUUAAUUAGUACUAACAAGAAAAGAACAAAAGUGAUGUUAAGUUUAAUGU